AUGAGGGGAGAGAUUAUUGGGGGCAGACGAGGACACCAAAGUGACCCGGGAUUGUAUUCUAAUGUGGGAAAGAUUGAUCAGUCAGUUGUCUUGUUUGAGCAGAUGAAGCUGGAAGGAUUGGAACCGAACGAGUUUACAUGGAAUGCAAUGAUAGCAGGUUAUGCGCGGAGAGGAGAUUGCAAUAGCGCAUUCACGCUGUUCUCUAGAAUGAGAAGAGAAGGGUUCAUUCCUGAUUUGGUUACUUGGAAUGCAAUGAUUUCAAGUUUUGUUCAAAGCCAAAAAUAUGUUGAAGCUAUAGAGUUGUUUCGGGACAUGUUGAUUGCUGGGCUAAAUCCCAAUCAGGUGACCGUCACGGGACUGCUCCCUGCUCGUGGAUCAAUAGGUUCAAUUCAAAGUGGAAAAGAAAUUCAUGGCCUCAUAUAUAGGAUGGAUCUUUGUAUUAAUGUCUUUGUUGCUAGUGCUCUUAUUGACACGUACUCGAAAUAUGGGUCUGUGAAGGACGCUUCGAAUGUUUUUAACAAAAUUCCCGUUAAGAAUGUAGCAUCGUGGAAUGCCAUGAUUGGCUGUUACGGGAAGCAUGGCUUGGUUGAUAGCUCAAUCAACUUUUUCAGAGGAUGCAAGAUGAAGGAAUGCAAGCACAUGAAGUCACUUUGA